AUGGCCAUGGCCCCAAAGAAACCUGCAGCAGCAGCACCAGAAAAGCCACCGGAGCCAGCAAAACCACCUCCCGGGAAGCUCAAAUGGACAUUCUAUUCAACCUUUGGAACCAUCUGCAUCAUCAGCUUCUUCACUAUGCUCAUUCUCUAUAUCCGGUUGAUCAUGGAUUCUGAAAACCCGCUUCUAACACCAAUGAAAAAACUGAGAGCCAAUAUGGCAGAUGGGCUCAGGAAUCCAAAGAUUUCUCACACGUCUCCCAUAGCUUUAGCUGAAGAAGUGGCAAAGUUGCCAGCAAAAAUAGAACAAUCGGAAAAGACCUUCCAAGCACGGAAAGGAAAGUACAAAGACCUCUUCAAGAAAGGUAAACCGAAGACUGCUGGUGGCUGGGAUUUUUUUGGGAAGAGUUUCUACUACAUUUCUAACGAGGAAAAGACCUGGCAUGAUGCUGAGAGCUUCUGCCUGACCAGAGACUCCCAUUUGGCCUCCAUCCUAAGUGACGAAGAACAGAACUACAUCACUUCUCAGCUCAGUGAUCCUACCUGGAUUGGCCUUACAGAUGAAAACGAGGAAGGCAACUGGAAAUGGACAGAUGGAUCCAGGACUAAAGCACAGUAUUGGUCUCUUGGCAACCCCAGCUACUCAGAAAAUGAUGGAGCAAUGGAGAAAGACUGCACAUCCAUCGUGCCUUCAUCUGGUGGAUAUAACUGGAAUGAUGACUACUGCCACAAACUACAUAAAUGGGUGUGUAAGGAGAACAUAGACAUUGAAGAACCAUAA